AUGGGACUUAAAGAAAUUCUAGGUCUCGAUAAGAUUCAAAAAGCAUUUAAGAUAAUACAGAAGAAUGGAGGAAUUCGUGGAACAUUAAAACAAAGGUAUCUUAUAGAUACCAAUCGUGCUGGAACUUUUGUUGGAGAAGAUAAAUUUGGAAAUAAAUAUUAUGAAGACAAUAGUUACUUCAUGCCAAGAAAUCGUUAUGUUAUAUAUCCAGAUAGAGUAUGGCUUGAUUAUGAUAGUUCACAAAUUCCUCCAGAAUGGCAUCGUUGGUUACAUCAUAUAAGUAAUGAGACACCUAUUAAUGAUCCACUACCAACACAAAAGUGGGUUUUGCCUCAUGCAGAAAAUCUUUCAAUUAUUGAAAAAGAGAAAUAUAUUCCCUAUUCAACUACUAGAACGAAGAUUGAGUCUUGGAUUCCACCAAAAAAGAAUUAG